AAUGUUGAAUAAAGUAGUUGCCAAAUGAGUAAUGUCAACAUUUUAGCAGAGGUUAACAGAUAUUAAAUUUGUUAAUACUAUCGCCAAUCCGUUAAAUUAUCAGCCCCUCUUUAUUACAGAUUUGUUCAUUGAAAUUAUUUUUUGUCAGAAUUUUUGUUGAAAAAGACAAUACUAUGUAAAAGCACAGAUUGUGACUUAAAACAAUGGCUUAAACAUAUCAUAGCAAUAAACAAAUCAUUAGAGCUGGAUAGAGUACCUAGAAACUUUGAGAAGCAGAACCAAUGUAAAAUUUAAGUUUUAUGUCUCCGCGUACACAAGCAUACAUAGUAUGAUAUGCAGUGAAAUGCUUAAAUGAAUGUUUGUGGUCUAAAGUAGAAAGAUAAAAUAGAAUACAAAGAUUUCACUACAUUAAAAAAAUGCAAUAGAGAAUACAAUAAAAAAAAAGAUAGAAUUUUCAAUAUAAAAAAAUAGGUUAUAAUAAACAAAUUUACAAAAGUUACAAAAUAAAAUAGAAUAAAAAUAGAAAUUUGGCUAAAUGUCUUUAGUGGUGAACCAAAUCUUGCUUGUUUUGGAUUGGGAAGCUGUCCCAGGUGCUAAUGCUUUGUUUAUGGAGACAUUUGCGAUAUCCUGUAUAAUAACUUUCUCACCUGUUUUGUUUAGCUCAAUUGAAUCUAAUUAUGGUUAGUUUCCCCCCUCUGGGGCAGUUUUUCUGGGCAGGUGUGAACACAGCAACCAUAAAAUCUGCAACAAGUCCCUGAGUGGAUGUGCUCUUGGUUUGGUCCUAAAUUAAGCGUGGAACAGUUGAAAACAUGGUCUGAUCUUGAUCCGGAUUAACUGCAAGCAGUACUCCAAGACUAAAGCUAAAAUGCUCCUGAACACCAAACACAUUCAGGCCUGAAUGAUGUCUGAGCAAGAUCUGGUAGAGAUAGUCCAGAUUGCUGUGGCCGACUUAAACCAUGAGGAAAAUGAUACAGAUGUUUUGGAGAACCAUGAUGAUGCUGAUAAGCCUGAACGGAAGCGAGCAAGGAUGGACGGCAGCAACCAGGAUAUGACUCUUAAAGCAUUACUAAUGUCCAUUAGCCAGGCUAUUUGCCAGAGGCUGGACAACAUGGAGGCAAAGCUGCAGAUGCUGGAGGCAACGUGUCGGGCCUUGGAGGACAAGUUCGACACCGUGAUGGGGAAAAACCCAGGGGCGAUUCAGGUGCAGAUGGUGGCCGGAUCACCUUUUGGUGCUACACAGACAUGUGACAAGGUUCGCUGUGUGGUGCCCCAGACCAACGUGGUAAUGAGCAGCGAACGUCCUAAAACAGGCCAAGAGGAGCCUCUUCCUCGCACCACAGACUCACUGGAAAACCUUCUCAGCAAUGAGUCAGUAACAACUGAAUAUUUGGCUGACAGCACGGUGGGCCGAGGGAAACAAAAAACAAUCGUCCUAAAGGUACCAGGUCCAGAAGAAAGCCAGGAGGACCAGGAGAGUGGAUCAGAAGCCAGCGACUCUGUCUCCAAUAGCGGCCAAUCGUCAGCGCAGAACACCAACAACGUCACCCUGAUCACCCUGAACUCAGAAGAAGAUUACCCUGCAGGAACAUGGCUCGGGGAUGAAAAUAACCCGGAGAUGCGUGUGCGCUGUCCCGUGUCUCAAGCAGACAUGCUGCACAUCGGCAGUAAUUGCCGCACGCCAGAGAAGAUGGCGCUUACGCUGCUGGACUACCUGUUCCACCGUGAGGUGCAGGCCGUCUCUAACCUGUCGGGGCAGGGCAAGCAUGGCAAGAAGCAGCUGGAUCCGCUCAUGAUCUACGGCAUCCGCUGUCAUCUGUUUCAUAAGUUCGCCAUCACCGAAUCCGACUGGUACCGCAUCAAACAGAGCAUCGACUCCAAGUGUCGCACAGCGUGGAGGCGGAAACAGCGUGGCCAGAGCCUGGCAGUCAAGAGCUUCUCUCGCAGGGUACCGGCUGCCCGCACUGGCUCAGAGGUAGCAGAAACAGCAUCGUUGGAAAGCUCCACACAGCAAGCGCUCCAGUACGCACUGGCUGGUGCAGCCCAACAGGUCCAGAUCCACCGCAUAGGAGAAGAUGGACAAGUGCAAGUAAUUCCACAGGGACACCUCCAUAUAGCUCAGGUGCCACAGGGAGAGCAGGUGCAGAUCACGCAGGACAGUGAGGGCAACCUUCAGAUCCACCAGGUGCAUGUUGGGCAGGAUGGACAGGUUUUGAGAGGGACUCAGCUUAUUGCAGUGGCCUCUGCUGAUGGGACGGGGACAGUGGAUGCGUCUCCUCUGCAGGCCAAUGACAUCCAGGUUCAGUACGUCCAGCUCGGCCCGGUGACUGACCACGCAGGAACAGUGCACGCUGAGGCGCUAGGAUCUGCUCUGCAGGCAGAGAUGGAGGUGAAGGAGGCUAUACAGAUCCAGCAAGGUGCGAACGGAGAAGUGGUCCAGAUUCAGAUGCCCGUCAACACAGUGGGCACCUGAGACACCAGCUCAUGAGCUCUCUCUCAAACACAAGACGGCUCCACAUACACAGAUGCAUCAUUGCGAUUCUGCAGCAGUAGCACCUGAGAUACACACACAGAGAGAGAGAGAGAGAGAGAGAGAGAGAGAGAGAGAGAUAAAGACUGCUACGUGUGGGUGCUCAAACUCAAAAAUAUGAGUGGACAACCAUGGGUUAAAGCCCAGGUGGGAAGGUUUAGUUUAAACAAAUCAUAUAAUUCUUUUUGGGUCAACCAGUCUAUUGGCAAUCUCCCGACGAUCACAGACUGUGAAAGCGGCCAGUCAGCUUAUUAACACAAAAGCGCUGUUGGCUCUAGCGCAGGCUUGUCAAAGCUGCAUGUGAUACAGACUGUGGCCCAGCUGACUACAGGAGAAAGGAGUUUGUUUUUUUUUUUUGUUUUUUUUCCCUUCCUCCUCUGCAUCUGUGCUCCAUCACUGCAGCAGCUUCACUGUGCAAGAUGAGUUUAUUUAACUGCAGCUUAGAGAAGUCUGUCUAGCUGUUAGGUUUUUAAGUUCAGCUAAUCCCCUCCCAAUUACGACAGUGAUCCCGGCCUGUAAAAGACUGACAUUUGCAAAUGAAGGAGGCUUUACUUUGCGUGUUUCUUCCAAGGUUCUGGUUUCUUAAUCAGCUGAAGCAUCUACCGCAUAACUAACGACAUAUUGCUUUGUUUAAAAAAAAAAAAAGUUAACUGUUUUAUUGUAUUUGUUUGCUAUCAUUGUUUGGCUCUCAUUUGUGUUUCGCAAUGCCUCACCUAUUAGAGAGGAUUGUAGGUUCCUCUCUUCGUAUGGAAGAAAAUGUAUUUAGCAGAAAUAUUUAUGGAGCUUUUUUUUUUUUUAGCAGUCAUUUGAUCAGUAAUAUAGAUAGGAAACAUGAAUUUGUAUUUGACAUGCCUAUGUACAUACAUUUUUGUUGCACAAGUAUUCACCCCCCCCCCUUUUUUUUGUCAUGAUACAACCUGGAACUGAAAUGGACUUAUGACUCAUGAAUCAAAUUACUGAUGCAGGAUGCUUCUAGGACAAGUCAAAUAAUUUGUACAAUGUGUACAAUUGGUGUAUCAAAAGAUCUCAGUACAAAUAAACCUGGAGUGUACCUAUAA